AGCACAGCCUGACACGUCUUCAACCUGGUAGGCCUCCCUUUCUUUGCGCGGCGCAGAUCCGACCUAAUCUGAUUUCACGGCACGCGGCUGCUGCUUCUCUCCUCUAGAGAGUUGUGGAAGAGGAAGGAAAUGUCCAAGGCUUAAAAAGCUGCUGCGCCCCCUACAAGAUUCCUAAGAAAGGCCGAGUCGUGUUCCCACAACCUCGCUCCUGUUGCAAGAUUUCAGAAGAGCGUUUGAUGCUCGCCUCCGCACCCCAUCAAUGCGAAAGUGCAUCUCUCGAUCAAGCAACCCGUGAGUGGGGCUGACAGUGCUUCAACGGGCAUCAGAGUCCAAGACGCCGAAGGCACGGACAAAGUCGGAGUAGCUGACCUCAUGGUUGGCGACGCGUGCAGCACCUGAGCGAUGCCCGACAGCAUCCCACAGGCCCCCAGCCAUGCCGCCGUAGCGGACGUCCUCGCCAACACCACUUCCAGCCUCUCCUUUCACCAGACCAGCCAAAAUGGACGUGGCGAUGCCAGCCCGGAGUCAGUCCUCGGGCCGCAGUACCAUAUCCAAGUCCGCAUCACCGUCAUCAUCAUCAUGAUCGCAUUCUCGGUCACGGGUAACAGUGUCGUCUGCUGGCGCCUAUUGCGCAACCACCGUCGGCGUCGCUACCAGAAGGCCCACGUCCUCUUCCUGAACCUCGCCUUGGCCGACCUUCUGGUCACCACAGUGACGAUGGCUUCGCAGACGGUCUGGGAGGUCAUGGGUCGCGUCUGGAUUGCCGGCGACGCUUUCUGCCGUGUCUUCAAGGUCCUGCAGACGUUCGCACUCGCCUCCUCCACGUACAUGAUAGUGAGCAUAGCGCUGGACAGGCACUUCGCGAUCGUGCACCCUCUCGCCAGGUGCCCUGCGCCGUGGCGCCUGGCGGCGGCCGCCUGGAUCGCGUCGCUGAUCCCAUCACUGCCCAACCUGUACGUGUUCCGUGUGGUGGAGGCCACCACGGGCGUUCGAUACUGUGCCUCACUGUUCUAUGCGCGCAAGACUGCCUCGACACUGCCUCGACAACUAUACAUGACAUUCGUGUUCCUGGCCGUGUUUGUGCUCCCUCUAGUGCUCCUGGUUGGCCUAUACGGUCGCAUCCUCAUGGAGAUCUGGCACCAGAGCUUGGCCUUCAGGAAGCGGCACCAGACGGCUUCGUCCUUGCCAAUGGCAAAGGUGAAGACCGUCAAGUUGACGGCGGCAGUCUUCGCGGCGUUUCUGGCGACUAACGUUCCCUACAUGGUCCAGGAGAUGGUGUUGGCCUUCGGAGGUGCGGACGUCUCUCUGGACCGAAACCUGGUGGCUCUCUUCGGAGUCAUCUCUGCCUCGAACAGCGCCAUCAACCCAUACAUCUUCCUGUGCUUCCAGAAGAGCAACGCAAAACGGAAGCGUUUCGCGAUGGCCUUCCGUAGAGACGUCGUCGCUGAGAGCGAACUCGGGAACGGUCGCUCGAGCUUCGGUGGUGGCACCAAGCACUACGUGACGUCGGUCAGGAAUCACUCGACCGUGUUUACUGUGUCCACAAAGGAGACGAACGGAAAGAUAUCUCCAGAGUUGCGCACGAACUUCAGCGCUUUAUGACAGCGGAGGAUCUUGUCAUGCUUUCUGUGGAUAGCAGUCUUCGUCCGGACAUUGGGGACCCCGCGAACUAAGGUCGGGAGUGCUCCUGCACCACCCAACGACUCUCUGUGACAAUUUGCCAUACACCUUGUGACGCUUGGUGAUGUUAUGGGACAGCACCUUUUUAUUAUUAUUAUUAUUGUUAUUAAUAUUCUGCGUCUGCUCUGUGAGACAACGGUACCUUCCGGCUCCUUGUGAAGCUCCAGCAAAGCAUUCAGUAGAAAGCAACGCCGGAAGCCUGUAAAGUAUGAAAGAAAAAGUCCAUAAUGAAGAAAAUAUCAUGUAUAAGCACGAAAAUUAAACUGGGCCAUGAGCGCAGCUCUUCGGUGUUUACCAAAGCCUGGGAGUGUCCGUUUUUGGGUUAAGUGCCACCACAAAAGCACACGUAUUCGGCAACGGAGCUGUAAGCUUCACGUACAAAUAAGUACUAAUGAACCUAUUGUAUAGCUAAUUAAUACAUCCGUUCUGUUAUGUAUAUCUGGCUAUUCUGCAAAAGAUUGCAGAUCUUUUCGACUGCUAAGAGUAUUAGAGAUACUAAUUUGCCUCUGUUCUAGUCUUGUCACCUCGCUCCACAACGGUCAUUCAUGGCCGUCAUAUCUCUGGCAACAACAAAGUAUUGAUGUUAUCUUAUGUGUGCCCUC